AUGGAGGAGAGUGACCACGUCCCCUUCUCCGGUUAUGCUUUUAGUGGUCGUUGCCAAUUUGGCGAGGCCGUCCGCUUUGAUGUUCUGCGCUCGGGGUAUUUGAUCGAGCUAGCAUUCGUCGAACUUGGAAGCGCCAUUGGUGUACAAAACCCAUUGGUCGUAUACUUUGGUGGAAAUAAUGGUGGUUUCCCAUUCGACUUCGGACAUUAUCUUCGCACUGAAAUCGGCGACGAAGUCGGCAAGAAUUUGCGACUUUAUCUUUGUUCGCGGCUGAUAGGUUAUAUCGUGUUCGCUCAGCUCUAUGGCCCACUUUGCCAACCUGCCCGAGAAUUCAGAGAGAACAGAGAUGCUCCUUGCUGGCGCACCUUCUAUGCGUACGUGCCCACAGCUCAUUCCGCNUCGGCUGAAUCAAAACCACCACCUACUGCGACUUUUGACUGUAAAAUCAAGCUUAAAGGUUUCUUGACGCAAAGUACAACAAUCCCAGCGUUUAUUCAAGAAAAAGAUGCAAUCUUGGACAGCAGAAUCCAUGCUUGUUUUAACUUCAGUAAGUCAGAGCUUGUGAAACUCGUUGACAAAUCCAAUAGUAGAGGAAAACCCUGUAGUUUAAAGAUUGAAAUAUAUGGGGAUAAUAUGGGUUUUGGGUGUUUCAACGGUGGGAAGCUAUUGGGCAGUGUUUUAGUGCCACUGGAUUUGAAGAGUUUGGAGAAUAUUGGGCACAGAGGAGUUGUUAUUAAGAAUGGAUGGGUUUCUGUUGGUGGGUCGUUGUCUACUGCAGAAUUGAAUUUGAACGUGAGAGCUGAACCUGACCCAAGAUUUGUUUUUCAGUUUGAUGGAGAACCUGAGUGUAGUCCACAAGUUUUUCAAGUCAAUGGCAAAAACAAGCAACCGGUUUUUACUUGCAAGUUCAGUUUCAGAAACUCCGGUGACCGGAACUUAAGAUCCAGAUCGUCACUAUCAGAACCAAGCACAUCAACAAGCUGUUUUAGUUCUGAUAAAGAGACACCCGUAAAAGAACGAAAAGGAUGGUCAAUUACAGUCCAUGAUCUAUCGGGUUCACCCGUAGCAGCAGCAUCAAUGGUGACUCCAUUCGUCCCAUCACAAGGUUCGGAUCGGGUCAGCAAGUCAAAUCCCGGAUCCUGGCUCAUACUCCAACCCGGUGACAACACGUGGAAGCCAUGGGGCCGCCUCGAAGCGUGGCGAGAAAGCAACGGCGAGCUCGGCUACCGCUUCGAGAUCAUUCCCGACGGAGCCACCGACGCCAUUACAUUAGUCAAUUCUACAAUCAGCACAAAAAAGGGUGGCAAAAUCAGCAUAGAUAUCGUCAACGGAGCGACCCCGUUGACUAGUCCCAACAGCAGCUUCGACCUAAGUUCCGGGUCAGGUUCCGGGUCGGACUUCGGGUCACAACCCGGGUCCGGAUCAUGGGCGCAUCUGCUGUACAGAGGGUUUGUGAUGUCGUCGACGGUGGGAGGUGACGGAAAAUGCAGCAAACCGGAGGUGGAAGUAGGGGUGCAGCACGUGAGCUGUGCGGAGGAUGCUGCGGCUUUUGUGGCGUUGGCAGCUGCCAUGGAUCUAAGUAUGGAUGCUUGUCGGUCAUUUUCUCAGAAGCUUCGGAAAGAAUUGAGGCAGCAAGAUCAAGAAUUAUGGUGAAACGGGUCGGGUCGUAACGCUCAAAUGGGUUGCUUCGGGUUUCAGUUUGAUUUUUGCUAAUUAACUAACUGACAGCAGUUUUAGCUGGCUUUCUUUUCUGUCUAUUUAUUACAUUACCUUUCUUGAGUGUACAGUGCUAAGACAACUGUUUCGUUUGAGUUCCUUUUUCUUCCCCUUUAUGGAUGUAUUUAUUGAUUGAAUUGUAAUAUAAUGAUUUUGAACUUGCAUUAUGAAUCUCACUCAUUUUAA